GGCUACAACAAAAUGGCCAACCACAUUCUCAACAGUACCACCCUUCCCAACUGGGCAUAUGUGAGUGACCAAAAUGCCAGUUCCAUUUUGCUGGAAUCUGUGAUUUCGUUCGCCGGGAAACUUCGGAUCGGAAGCAGUCCUCUGGAUGUCUCUGAUCUCUUCAUUGCGGCCAAAGGAGCCAGAAUCCAUAAAAACACCCCAGAGAAGAGCUUUACGUUUUCCAUGGGGUUUAACGAUUCCAAGAGUCACCUCAACGGGACGGUCUCCCUCCCAAGGGAAGGGCUUCAGCGGUUGCCUGCGGACUCCCCGGUGAUCGUCGUUGCCUUGCCGACCCUUGGGCCUAUCAUUGAAAAAACUCUCUCGAAAGGGGGCGCCUCGAAAGGUGCCUCGGUGAAUGGGAUGGUGUUGUCAGUCGCAUUGCCGGAGGCGCUCGAGAAAGUCUCCUUCGCGUUUGAAAAAAUGAAUAAAACGGCGAGCGCCCUGUGUGCCGCCUGGCACUCGGCCCUCCGAAGGUGGGACGAAACAGCCUGCGAACUGGAAAAAGAGAGUCCUGCCGUUGUGACCUGCCGCUGCCAACACCGGCCCGCUCUGUUCCAAUCGUUUUCGAUUCUCGUGUCCCCCGUUGCCCUCAAGCACCCUGCCCUGCACUUCAUUACAUGCGUGGGCUUGGUCGUCUCCAUCUGCAGCUUGGUUCUGUGCCUGGCCAUUGAGGCGGCCGUCUGGCGCCAGGUGACCCAGACCCAAAUCUCCUACAUGCGCCACGUUUGCCUGGUGAAUAUUGCAACCUCCCUUCUCGUCGCAGACGCUCUGUUCAUCGUAGCGGCGUUUGUGAACGGCACACCCAGAAACCACAACGGAUGUGUCGCCGCCACGUUCUUUGUACACUUUUCCUACCUCGCCUUGUUUUUUUGGAUGCUGGCUUUGGGAUUCUUGAUUUUGUACGGGCUGCUCUUCAUUUUCUGGCACCUGAGAAAGUCUACUCUGUUGGCCGCGGCUUUCGGCAUUGGCUACGGCUGCCCGGCGGUCAUCGCGCUUCUCACUGUGACGACCACUGAGCCAAGGAAGGGCUACCUGAGAGACGAUGCCUGCUGGCUGAACUGGAAUGAGACCAAAGCCCUCUUGGCCUUUGUCAUACCGGCUUUCCUCAUCAUUGGCGUCAACCUGGUUGUGGCGUUGGUUGUCAUUGCCAGAUCCGGAAGAUCUUCUGCUGGGGAUCGCUCGAAGACACAAGACCUGGCCACGGCGAUCAGAGUUAGCAAAAACCUUGUGCUCCUGACCCCGUUGUUGGGACUCACCUGGGGAUUUGGGCUGGCCAUUGUUCAUGACGCUUCUUUGGCUCUCCACAUUGUGUUUUCGCUGCUUAAUGCGUUCCAGGGCUUUUUUAUCUUGCUGUUCGGGACUCUUCUGGACAGGAAGACAAGAGAAAGUUUACAGAUGAAAUGCUUUCCCUCAAAGACUUCAUCUGAUACGACACUGUGAUCACCGAAAGACUCAAUGAACUCUGAGCCCAAAAGUGAGUGUAAGCAAAGUAACCACUUGCUGUGUGUCUGUGUAGUCCCAUUUUAAGACAGAGCAUAUCUGCUCCUGUUCAUCCAGGAUUUCAGCAAGAGGCUGAUGU